ACAACACACGCUGGCUUGAGAAGGGUCCCUUGGAACGUUUCAAAAACAACGAUCUACACCAAUUUUUUGAACUUACAUUUGCUAGAUUUUAAGUGCUUUUGAUUGCUUCCGAAUUUUCCGGAAAACGCUACGAAACGUCUGAUUAUCACGUGUUUUUACCUACGUUUGUGGAUUCUUCAUUUUCUUGUUACAGAAUUCUUCUUCGUGGAAAAGCCUUUUUGUGCCGCAGUCUGCUGAGGUUUCGUCAAAUUCAUUUUCUGGGAGUUUCGAAUCAAUGCUGGCGAGGUUUUCAUCUAUUUAAUUGAAAAUACUUUCUUUGCUCUCUAGUCUUUUCUUAAUUUGUUGUAUCUGUCUGCUUUUAUUUUUAUUUUUAUUUUUUUUGGAUAAAACGUUGGUUGAAGAAAUCCUUUUCCCCUUCUCCUCCUCACUCCGUUUACAUAGCAUUCAAUCCUUCCUCAAUCAGCAAAGCUGAGCUGUAAAUACCUGCCCUUGCUCGUGUAGCUGAAUCUAAAAUUCAGCUUUUGGUUUUCGUUCCUGACAGAACAGCCCAAGUAAACUUCAAGGAAUUGUUAUUUUUUUUACGUAUUCAUAGCUGCUUCCGAAGUUUCUGCCUGGUCCCAUUGAUCUGCUAGUUUUUUGUUUCGUAUUUUGAUUGAAAAAACAUACUUCAUUUUUCAUUUCUUCUCUACACCCAUUCUUAUUCCCGUUUCACAUACACAAUAGCUUUGUUGUUCUUUCCGUACUAAAAGCUCAAAAUAUGUACGAUUCUCACCAAGAAGAGAAGUUACAGGCACUUCUAGCCGUCAUCCGUGGCUUAAACUAUAUUUUGGACGAUAAAAUGGACGAAGCUAUCAAAAUCUUCAAUUCUGGUAAUACCUCCUUCCAUCUGAGCGGUCAAGCUGUUGUCUCUUUUCUUCAAGCUGUAUUGACGUUUGAGCCUUCUCGGUUUGGAGAGUCUCAAAACAAAAUUGAUAUAGCAAUUAAAGCACUCACAGAAGACAAGGAUUAUGCAUCGAAAAAUGAUCUUUACCUUUGUACUUUUGAUCCCGGAAUUGAGUAUCGUGUAUCCAUCGGCCUUAUGCUGUUGUUGUCCGCUCUCAUUGGUUUUUGCUCAGAGUCGAUUGUAACAAGUGUAAAAUCAGUAUACAAGCUUCGCAAAGCCCACAACAUCUUCAACAAAAUAAACAAGCGACACUUUGAAGCCUUUUCUACGUCUUUUCAAACUACGAAUAAUAAAGAUAUCGAUACGGUGAAUGAGUACGUACAGACGGGAACUCUCUUGUGUACGGGUUUAUUUACACUCUUAAUAUCUUUACUUCCUCCAAAAAUGAUUACUAUUCUGAGCUUACUAGGUUACAAGGGAGACAGAGAUAUGGCUCUCUCAUAUAUGUGGAUGUCUGCUCUCCAGCGACCUUCCAGCUUUUUUGCUGCAGUAGCAUUUGCAGCACUUAUUCAAUAUUAUAGUGGAGCUGUGCAGUUGUGCAGCAUUUAUAAAGUCACUCCAACCGAGCCUGAUGGAUGGCCUGUUCAACGCUGCUUUGAUAUUCUUUCCAAAAUCAGAGUAACUCAUCCUGAAGGCCCGAUGUGGCCUUUGCACGAAGCAAAACUGCUUUCCAUGGUAAAAAAACAGUCGGAAGCGAUUGAUGUUUUGAAUGAUCUUAUGUCAAAGCCUCCCCCUAAACUUAUGCAAUUGGAAGUCUUGAUUGUAUUUGAACAUGCUCUUGAUUGCGCCUUUUCUCAUCGUUAUGUUGAUAGUGCCCAUAGUUUUUUGAAGUUGUCUAGCCUGAAUGAUUCUAGUACGGGGUUAUACUCUUAUUUCGCUGCUGCUUGCUUUUUGCAAGAUGUCCAGGCGAAUGCUAAUGUUGAGGCUUUAGAGAACGCAUCUAAGCUACUUGAACCAUUGGGCAAUCUUUUAGUAGAUAAGACUGCUCCUUUGGAUAUACAUAUCCGAAGAAAAGUGAAAAAGCUAGCCGACCGAAGAGCUAGUGUUGGCAAUCAAGGCGGAUUGGCCGAAUAUGUGGGAUUUUCUCCUUUGUACCAGUUGGUCUAUGUUUGGAACGGUUUUCGAAGGAUGAAUGCGGAGGAACUAUCUCGAUUCGAUGUAGAAAGAGUACAGCCUUGGCAGGAUCAAGACGAUGAUAUUUGUCAAGCUUUAGUAAAAGCUACUUUAUGGAGGAAUACAGGGAAACUUGAUGAAAGUAUAAAAGUUCUUCAAAAAAUUUGUCAGGUUACAAAAACUACUGAAUGCUGGGCUGUCGCUUUUGCCCACUAUGAAAUGGCGGUUGCCCUUUUCGAAACUGAUAGUACAUCUAAAAACUCCUUGAAAGAAUGUGAUAGUUACUUAAAGGCUGCCCGUGAUUUUGGAGGGGAUAAUGAAUUUGAAAGUCGAUUAAUCAUUCGCGUCCAAUUAGCAAGACAUGUCGUAAGACAAUGCCUUCAAGAAGGCGGCUAAUGAGUUCGAUUAUUUCCAUGAGUUUAAAUUAUUCUACAUAAAUAUUAAAGAUAAAAAGGCACUAGUUUUUUUUGUUGUAUAGACGUUUAGUUAAUAACAAUUCACGAAUUAAAGCGAAUGAAGAGAUAAAUGUCCCAAAACCAUUAUAUUUUAUUAAAUCCGUUUCCUUCCAAAAACCCAAGAUCAUGAUCUCUUUUGUUUUUUAGUCUUUCUUUCAUCCUUCUUUUCUUCCUUGUCGUUUAACUGCUCCAUAUUGCGCCAAAUUUCUUCUUCCUCUUCUUUCGCAACGCGACUUUCUUCUUCUUCUUUGAUGACUUCUUCAUCACGGCCAUCGAGAAGCAAAAUGCUAGUAGGCAUUACUUUUA